UUAUUGCGACGACGUGCAUUACAAUUGUUCUCAUACAAUCGCAUAGUUUUGUUACAAUAAUAGAAAUCAACUACCUUUGUUCUUGAAGUUUAAAUAUGUUAUUUAUAUUUAUUAAUUUUUUCCCCCCGGUUGUUUGUCGAAGUGGUUCUUUCCGGUAAUGGCAGCAGCAGCAUGGUGAAGUAAAGCUCGGCGUGGAAAAACAACAACAGCGACUUUUUUUCUGUUUUUAAGUGGUUACUGUUUCUUAACAGCCGCCUGAAGUUUGAGUUCUUACGAUUUUAAACCGGACACGUUGAAGAAAACAAAACAUUUAGUUUCAAAAUGCCUCAUCGGAAGAAGAAAUCGUUCAUAGAAAAGAAGAAGGCUGUGACAUUUCACCUCGUCCACAGAAGUCAGAGGGACCCCCUUGCAGCAGAUGAGAAAGCCCCACAGCAUGUCCUCCUUCCAGCAGCCAAGGUGGAUACAGAGAAGAGACAGGAGGAGCAGAGGGAGUUUGGCGUUUUCUUCGACGAUGACUACGAUUACCUGCAGCACCUGAAGGAGCCGUCGGCCACUUCUGAAUGGGUGGCGGCUGGACCCUCACAAAUGAAUGUCCUUGAAGAGGAAGAGGAGGAGGAUGAGAAGGACACAGACAAUGCCCUCCCUACAUCCUCCAUCAACCUGCCAUCCUCUGUGUUCGCCUCGGAGUUUGAAGAGGAAGUUGGGCUUCUGAACAAAGCUGCUCCGAUCUCAGGGCCGCGUCUGGACAUGGACCCUGACAUCGUGGCUGCUCUGGAUGAAGACUUUGACUUUGACAACCCUGACAACGUCCUUGACGAUGAUUUUAUCAUGAAAGCUAACAGUUCGGGUGGAGCGCUCAACUUGGAAGGUGAAGACGAUGAUGAUGAAGAGUGGGAGGACACAGACGAAGAGGGCGAUUUUGACUCUGAAGGUGGCUUGUCAGGUGACGAGGAGGAGGGUGGCCGGGGCCGUGAGUUUCUGUUCAUGGACGAAGAGACGAAGAGUCGAUUCACUGAGUACUCCAUGACGUCGUCUGUGAUGAGGAGGAACGAGCAGCUUACUCUGCUGGACGACCGCUUUGAAAAGUUUUUUGAACAGUUUGACGACGAUGAGAUUGGCGCUCUCGAUAACGCAGAGCUGGAAGGAUUCAUUGAACCAGACAGCGCUCGCCUGGAAGAAAUUAUUAAAGACUACUUCAUACAGAAAGAAAAGGAAUACCUGAGACCUGAUGACCUGGGUCCCAAAGAAUUACCUUCCCUAAAGGAAGAGGAAGAUGAGGAGGAGGAGGAGGAAGAGACGGAGACUAUUGUUGUGGAGGCUCCAGAAGAAAAGUGGGACUGUGAAACUAUCAUCAGUACAUAUUCCAACAUAUACAACAGACCCAAGGUCAUUGCGGAGCCCCAAAAGCUGAAGCCGAUCCGUGUGUCCCAGAAGACGGGAUUCCCUCUGGAGGUCCUUCCUGCCAGAGGUCCGACCACCAAGCAGGUGGAGCGCAUGACCAGGAUCAACGACAUAGAUCUGCCUCGAGUCUCCACACAGCCCCGAGAAAAGGACGAGAGCAAAGAGGAGAGAAAGGCAAGGAAACAAGCCAUCAAAGAAGAACGCAAGGAGAGGAGAGUGGAGAAGAAAGUAAACAAGAUGGCGUUCAAAGAAGAAAAAGUCAGACAGGAGAAGCAGAUGUUGAGCCUGAGAACAAACGUUCAAGGCCUGAAGCUUUAGCAGCCUCUCCCCCUGCAGACUGUUUAUCGUUGAAUGCUUCAUCAGGGGAUCAAGCUGCUCUUCACUUCAGAUGAGCUAACAGGAGGAUAACAUCAUCCCCAAAACAAGAGGACAGACGGGGUGCUCAGACUCUUGGGAUUUCCUCCAGUCAUCAAGAGAUAAAGUUCUUCUAACUCAAAUUAUAUGCAAGAAGUUUGAGUACAGUAAACUAACAACAGUUAGUAAUCCAGGAGUACUGAAGGCUGGGUAAUAAAACGCUUUUCUGAACACGCAGUAUUUCAAACUUCUGAGCCAAAAGCUUGCAUUCAAAUUGUUUUUUUUUUAUGAUAACUUUGUUUUAUCAUCAUCUGUUCAAAUCCUGAUAUAAAACCUAAAACUUGGGCAAAUUUAGAGAAUGUUUUCUUUUGUUGCUGCUCAGUGUUGAAAGAAGCUCAAAAAUGUUGCACAAUUCUGAUACUGGAUAAAUUUAGACUGAUCAAGCUAUACACUUAAAAAGAUAACCAAAUCAAGAAAAACCAGUGCUAUAAAGGAGACUUCACAAUACAGACUUUGGCCACAGAGGGGAGCCAAUAACUGAAAUAUCCUUGCAAUUACUUUAAAUUUAGUAUUUAAUAUGGGAUUCUUUAGGUUUGAUCUUGGUUUUUUUUGGUCAUUAUUUGUGAUAGGACAGCUAAAGAUGGACAGGAAAUGACAGGAGAUAGGAGUUGUUUCACUACCACUGCCUACAUUUGUUAUUUAGUUAGGGUUAGCUCAGAUCUAACAGAACCCUAACACAAUCUAAUGAAUCAAUACAGAAUCAGAUCAGAAAGGUAAAUUCUCUUUUUAACAGAGUGGUGGCUUUGGAGAGUGAUGCAGUCGGUGGAUGUUUUUGGCCUAAAAAGAAGGUUGUACCUUAAUAAGACAUAUUUCUGUAGUGAUCAACUCCUUUAUGCUGUUAGACAUUUUUAAGACAAGACCUGCCUUUCAGUAGUAAUUCAUUCUGGUGCAUUUCCACAAACCAUUGAGUUGAUGUCAGUUGUGCCUGUUUUUAAGGCUGUACGCUGAAGCAAUCUACUGGAGUAACUUCAAAACCUUUGGCAGUUGACUGGAUAUCGAUUCUGAAAUAUAUAAAAAGGUUAAAGAUUGUUUAAUGAUGUCCAAUUUGUUUGAUGAAUUUGCACCUCAAAGGAAAACUUGAUUAUGAAGAAGUAUCAGGGGCCAGUGGGUAAAUUGAGCAGCAGUUAUUGUCAAAUGUAUUCUUGCAUGUAAAAAUAUACAACAAUAGCAACAUGGGGUAAAAGCACCUGUAGAAUAUGUUCACAAAAUGGUAACACACCUAAUCAUUUCAUACACACAAGAAAAACACACCCCUUAAUAAACCUGUUUUACAGGUUGCAGGUCACCUGAUAGUUAACAGUCCCUGUGUUGAGACUGGUGAGUUUUAUCACUAUCAGUAAGGUUGAAAGGUAUUUAUAACAUUUACAGGUCUGCUGUCAGGAGGGGAAAGCCCAGAAAUAAUCCACAUCAUAACAACCAGGAAGAGUCUUGACUAAAGGUCCUAAAAUGCUGGAAUGUUUUCAUUUCCUUAUUUUGCCCAUUGGUUUAAGAUGUUUGAUACAUGAACAAAAAUAUACAAAUAAAAGAUUCAACGCUUGUA